AACCAUUAGCUCAUAUAAAGGAGGCCAAAAUUCAGAUAUGGCCAUGGAAUACCAGCUGGUGGGCGGCAAUUACCAGGUGAUUAAACGAAUUGGAGGAGGUGCCUUCGGGGAUAUUUAUGGUGGCAUUUGCGUGACGGAUAAUACCGAGGUUGCCAUCAAGAUUGAAUCACACGAAUCAAAAUGCCCGCAGCUGAUGAAUGAAGCCAAUGUGUACCGGAUGUUGAGCAACAGUCCUGGGUUUCCCACAUUUCUUUACUAUGGCAGUGAGGAGAAGUUUAAGGCCUUGGUCAUAGAGCUCUUGGGGCCAUCACUGCACGAUCUCUUUAUCAAAUGUAACCAUAGGUUUUCCCUAAAGACCAUCCUAAUGCUCGCCGAUCAGCAGAUGGCACGGCUGGAGGCUAUCCACACCCUUGGAUACGUUCAUCGCGACAUCAAGCCUGAAAACUUUCUGAUGGGCCUGGGCGACAAAUCCAAAAAAGUGUAUCUGAUCGACUUUGGAAUGUCACGCCAAUUCAAGAAUCCUAAAACUCAGAAACAUAUUCGUUUUCGCAGGGUGGGCUCUGUAUUCGGGACCUUGCGCUAUUCAUCGCUCCGUGCCCAGAAGGGCGAAGAGCAGUCGCGUCGCGAUGAUCUUGAAUCCCUCAUGUACUGCAUGAUAUACUUUUAUAAGGGAAAACUGCCGUGGAUCGGUCUCACAGCAGCCAACGAAACGCAAAAAAUGGAGCUGAUCAUGGAAAAGAAGAAGAGUUCCAAGAUCGACGAUCUGUGCGAUGCGUUUCCUCCCAUGAUCGUUAUGCUCAUGCAAUACAUUCGAAACCUGCGCUUCGAGGAAGACCCCGACUAUGUGUACAUGCGUCAAAUGCUUCGCAUCGUUUUUCUGGAUCUGAACCAUGUAUAUGACUUAAACUUCGAUUGGACUCAGCUGAGGGAGGGGCGAAAGGAUCGCUCGACAGGCCAGGAACCAAUAGAACAAAAAUCAACUAGCUCUCUUUAUUAUACCGUGUCUGAAAAUGCAGUUUUUUAAUG